CAAUGAAACAAAAUAUUAUGUAAACGUGUAGCAUUUUCGUUGUGAAGGACAAGUGUCUGAAAUAGGUCUGUGAAAGACCUGUACAGAUCACUAGCCCCCCCCUCGCGGAUAACACUACUAAAAUACAUUUAAUAACUAAAUAACAAACGACAAGAAGAGAAAAAAACAAAAAAAACAAUAGACUGAACUUAAUAUCUACUUCUACUUAAAAUAAUAUAGACCUAUUAAUACGUGACCAGUGUACGUGUAGUGAGUGUUUGUCUGCAUGUAUGUGUGCACGUGUAAUAUGUAUGUUUGUAUAUGUGGGUGUGUGAAUGUGUUAGUUUGUGUGUGCGUCUGCGUAUGUGUGUGUGCGUCUAUGCGUGCGUUUUUGCGUUUGUGCGUGUGUGUGUCAUACACAGAAAGAUGUUUAUACAGUGCGGAAUAAACAUUAAGUUUUUAAAUUUAGAAGAUUUUCAGUUUGUUGGUAGUCUAGGGUUUUCAAAUAAUUAGUUACGGCUGAUUUACAAUUAUAUUUAUUUUUAGGAUAUAAUUAUGAUUAACGUUUUAUUUAAUAGGUUAUAGAGAAAAGGUCCCAUGAAGCAAAAAAAAAAAAAAACUUUAUGUAUGUUGAUUGGUUAACUUAUAUGUGGAUAUUUCAAAAUACAAGCUAUGUGGGUUGAGGUUGAACGAGAGAAUGUAAAUGAUAGGAAUAUUAAAACAGUGAAAGUUGUUUUUUUUUAUUUUCUGGUAUUAAGCUCGUAUUUAAAAGUUUCAGGGGAAAUGCAAAAUGAACGAGGGAUCGGAGGAUGGAGCGAUCCGAGAUGAAGGUCAAAGAUUAAUCAUGGAGGAGGUAACCAGUCGAGGGGAAGGACUGGCGCCUCAGGAGGAGGUAACCAGUCGAGGGGAAGGACUGGCGCCUCAGGAGGAAACCAGUCGAGGUGGAGGACUGGCCCAGGAGGAAACCAGUCGAGGUGAAGGACUGGCCCAACAGGAAACCAGUCGAGGUGGAGGACUGGCCCGACAGGAAACCAGUCGAGGUGGAGGACUGGCCCAGGAGGAAACCAGUCGAGGUGAAGGACUGGCCCAACAGGAAACCAGUCGAGGUGGAGGACUGGCCCGACAGGAAACCAGUCGAGGUGGAGGACUGGCCCAACAGGAAACCAGUCGAGGUGAAGGACUGGCACAACAGGAGGCGAAUAGUCAAAGGGAAGGACUGGAAAGGAUAGACAUGACCGGUAGAGGUGGACGGGCAACCGUAUUGAAGGAAGGAAUUCUGGAACCAAACGAUCGUGGUUUUGGCAUUGGCAUGCAAAGGGAAAGAAUGAGACGAAUAUCGUGUUCGAGGCCGGAGCCGCUGGGGAAUCUGGAUCGUGAAGGAAGAUCACGUUAUGACGGAAGAAAUGAUAAUUAUAUAACGGAGAAAUCGGAAGGUCGUGCAUCCUGCUCAAGGGCAGAAACUGAGAUCUUACCUUGUGAAAUAAUGAAGAAACGGCAGUACCCAUUUCAUUCGGACAUCUGUGAAAAUUAUCACAAAUAUGAAGGAGGGAAGAAAAGAAAACCGACACCUACGAGAUACGAGGAAGUACAUGACGUCCAGGAAUAUAUCGGUUCAGAUUCGGACGAGUCUCAGCGUGAGCUGACUAGGGAAAAGUUUAAACAACUGGAUACAAACGGUAUAUUAGAUAAGUUUCUUAACAUUUUAAAUAAGGUUAAAAGUUCGGACAAGCCUACGCUGACUUUUAAUAUUAAUGUAAUACCGGAGUUUGAUCCCAUGUCAAAGGAACAAACUGUUUUAACUUGGUUAACGAAAGUUGAAGAGUGUGCCGAAAUUUACGGUUGGGAUGAGAAAGCUAUUAUUCACUAUGCUCUUCCAAAACUCACUGGGGUUGCUAAGACUUGGUACCAAGGGUUACCCUCACUAUUACAUACUUGGACUGAGUGGAAGCGAAAGCUAAUAGAAUCUUUUCCAUGUCGCGAAGACUAUGCCGAACUUUUAACUGAGAUGUUAGCCAAAAGGGCCAAAUACGGAGAAUCGUUAGAAAAUUAUUAUUAUUCAAAAGUAAAUUUACUAAAUAGAUGUAAAAUUUAUGGUCGACAAGCUGUUGAUUGUAUUUUAUAUGGAAUAGAGGACCGGGCUGUAAAAGUGGGUGCUCAAGCUGCACAGUUCAGUGAACCGGAGCAAGUACUUAAGUAUUUACGUACAGUAAAGGUAGGGCAAAGUAAAAUGGCUGAUAACACACUUAGAAACGAACGAAGGUCAAGUGUGUUUAAGAAUGCUUCUGUGUCUGGGGAAGUCAACAAUAAAACUAGAUGCUAUAAUUGUAGAGAAAUUGGUCACCCUAGCUUUAAAUGUGACAAGCCCAAAAUUAAAUGCACUAUUUGUGACAAACUAGGUCAUCAUUCUACGAGUUGUUUUAAAAACAGAGGUAACAUUAAAUUGUCUGAAGAUAAAAACAACAUUGUUGCUAAAAACGAAAAACAAGUUGCGAAAUUGGGUUUUGAGGAAAAUACGAACAGUAAAUAUAUUAUUGAUAUAAAAAUGAAUGGAAUAAAAAUCGAAAAUUGUCAUGUUGAUUUGGGCAGUCAGUGUACAUUGAUAAGAAUGAGUGUAGCUAAACGUUUGGGUCUACUUAUCAAUAAUCAACAAGAUAUGCCGACGCUAAGAGGAAUAGGUUCAAAUAGGGUUCGACCAUUGGGUAUAUCGGUAGCAAUGGUAGAGGUUCAAGGAGUGAGAGAGAUGGUUGAUGUAAAUGUAGUAGAUGAUGAUGUUUUAGUGCAUCCCGUAUUACUAGGACAUUCGUUUACUGAAAGGUCAAAUAUAAUUAUCACUAAAACUCCUGAUGAAAUAAUUUUUGAGAAAAUUGUCAAUACCAAAGUUAAAUUACUCUCUAAAGAUGACGUUACCGUACACAGUAAUAGUUUCAAAGCAAUUUCUGUUGAUACGAAUAUGGAAGGGAGCGGCAUCGCUUACGUAAGAGGGUCACUCAGAGGUUCAGAAGGCAAUGAAUAUUAUCUCUUACCAGGCGAGUAUGACAUUAAAAAUGGGCGUGGUGCGUUGCUUGUACGCAAUAUGUCCGCGAACCCUAUUAUCAUAACAAAAGGUGAUUUACUCGUACGCGUUUUAGUAAAGGAUACAGAAAUCCCAACAGAUGUAAUGAAUGCGUUUACUGUUAAAUUCGAUGUCACCAAAGAGAUGACUCAGUUAACUGUGAAUUUAGGAUUCGCUAACACGACUGAAACGAAGAUUGAGUUAGAUGAUACGGAACCAGUAGUCUACCGUCCAUAUCGCAUGUCCUACGCGGAACGGUCUUUAGUUAGAGAUAUGGUCCAAGAAAUGAUUGAUAGUGGCAUUCCGGUUUCUUACUUUAGUCGUAAAACAAACGCUUAUGAACGUAAAUUGCAUUCGUACGAACUUGAGACUCUUGCGGUAUUUGCCUCUUUGAAUAGGUUCAGAGUAUAUUUGCUGGGUAUACCGUUUAAAAUACUGACGGAUUGUAAUGCGGUCCGAUCCACGUUAGUCAAACGGGACUUAAUCCCGCGUAUCGCUCGUUGGUGGAUCCAAUUACAAGAAUAUGACUGCACUAUAGAAUAUAGACAGGGGGUACAAAUGGCUCAUGUAGAUGCACUGAGUAGAAAUCCCAUAGAUGAGAAUGAGACUAGCUCACAUAUAUUGGACGUUUUAGAGGUGCAUUCUACGGUUCAGGAUUGGUUAAGUACAGUUCAAUCAGCUGAUGAUGAAAUUCUCGGAAUAAAAGAGAUCCUUAAGGAUCCUCAAACAGCGCAAAAUGACAAAACGUUAUUUUGGUAUACAACGCAACUCAUUACCGAUAAAGGAUCUACUUUUACUAGUAAAGCGUUUAAAGAUUUUGUAAUUUCUUACAAUAUCAAACACGUUAUUAAUGCUGUCUCUACUCCAAGAGCAAACGGUCAAGUUGAGCGGUUCAAUAGGACUAUUCUUAAUGCUCUUUCGACAUCAUCUCAUGGAGAUGACGAGAAAGCUUGGGAUGAGCAUAUUCUAGAUAUACAGAUAGGUAUAAAUACCACGAAACACAAAACUUUGCAAAAGAGUGUAUCUGAGUUGCUAUUCGGUUUUAAUAUAAAAGGUAGAACGGAAGGAAUUUUAAGUUCUGUAAUUGAUGAUACACUGGAAACCCCGGUUAAUAAGGUGAAUACAUUUCGAAGUGAAGCUAAUGAGAAAAUAAAAAUACAACAAUCUAAAGAUGCUGGCAGAUAUAACAAAGCUAGGAAACCAAUAACUUAUUAUAAAGAGGGUGACUUAGUGCGUGUAGAGAGACAAACUCCACAUGAUGGUAAAUCUCAAAAACUUGUAAAUAAAUAUCAAGGCCCCUAUCGUGUAAUAAAGAUAGGUACUUCCUAAUGAUAAAUUAAUCAUUGAAGAUACUCCUCUAACUCAAAAAACAACGAUAUGAGGCCGUGGUAGAUAAGGUACAGCCAUGGAUGACUUUUAAUAGGGAGUUUGGUAGUGAUACGGAAAACUCAGAUUCAAACGUUUAAUUAAGAAUGGUGUAUUUAGAGGUUAAGUGUAUUAACUAAGAAUCCUAUAUGUAUCUCUUUAGUAUAUUUUUCUCUAGUUUAUUUAUGGAUUGUUGAGUGAUGUAAGCUCUAAAAUAAAAGAUAUAAGAAAUUUAGGUUAAUAUGAGUUGUAUUAGUAAUUACAUUACUUUUAAGUUUCUCGGAACCUUUUCGUUACAAUAUAAUAAUGUGUUAGUAUUUUAGAAUCUGUUAAUCCAUCAUUAUAAUAUUAUUAUUUUUUUUUUGUUGUCAAUUAAUUCGAUACUAUAUAAUUGAGCGAAGGGACUCGCUAUGAACAGGAUGGCCGAGCUGUUAGGUUCUAUUAUUAUUUAUCUAUAUAAUGUACCUAGACGAAGGGCUUUGCAAGCUUAGAGGAGGUGAGAGAGCGCCAAUAUGUGGCCAAUAUGCGUGGAGCAGCGACGCGCGUCACACGUUGACAAAUUGUGAAUAUUAUAUAACUUAUGUGAAGAAUACUAAUAAAAGUGUUAUUUGAAGUA